AGCAGCGCGAAGGCAAGAGCGAGAGCAACCGAAAAAGGAAUAGAACGAAGCUGAAAUGGAAAAACAUUUAACUCCGAAGCGGGCCCGCUAGGCUCUAGUGCGAGAGAUUGGUCGGACUCUUAGUCAAGCAACAGUGCGACACUACACCGACGCCGAACGCAACGAACGCAACGAACGCUGAACGUCGAAACGGUCAAUACCGACGACACAGUGUCCUGUCGAGUUCUCCGUUGUCUGGUGUCUCUCCGUGCAGCGCAAGUUCCCGUGUGUAUCUGUGUGUGUUGAGCGGUAGCAGAGCAGAGCAGUUGCCUUCACGCACCGCACAGCCAGACGUAAGUGAAUACGCGAAUGAAGCAGAGGCGAAAACGAAAACAAGCAAAACGAAAAACACAAAUAAAUAAAAACAACGACUAAGCAAAAUCCCGUGAUCGCUAGCGAGAAUCGGAGAAAGAGGAAAGCGCAGAGCCACCUCCAACCAACAUCAGGAGCGCGCUCGUUCUCCUAUCGCUUCUAACCAAGCCGUGUCGUUCUUGGGGCUUCACAGCAACAAUAACCACAACACAAAACAGCGGCCAGUGUAGCAUCGUCAGCAACAGCGACGACCCCCCUAACAGCAACCAUCAACGCCAACGCACGGUAGCGAGGUAAAGGGAGACCGUUAUGCAAAGAAAGUAUAACUAACAUACAACAUCCUACCACACAUUGAUACGAAUCCGAAAACGGCCUUCUUGCCCCGGUCAACGGCUACGGGUUCAACAAAAAGCGGUACGGUGAGGCAUUAUUGGGUUUGAAGUUUCGUUCGACGACACACGGACGUGUUCUGCGUACCCUCAACAACAACAGCAGCAGCAGCAACAGCAACAACCACCUCCUGACGCAUACCAAUCCUUCCCGUCUCAGAGGGCUCUAACUAUUCCCGCCAGUGUGUUCAGUGUUCAGAAACAAAAACGAAUUAAACAAAAAGUCCGGUACCGAAAUAGCAUGCUAAGUGAUGAUGAGUGAUUAGCGCGAUAACUACAAAACAGGUAGAAUCAGGAAAAUCAAAAAAACAGGGAGAGAAAAAAAGGCAACAGCGGUCAGCGGCGUCUGUGGUGAAACAAGUGACGGAAACGUACAGUGUAUGAAAGCGCCCGGAGCGGAAGGAUAAGAACCGAUAGAACACAUUACGUCCGCUCAGAAAGCUCAGAAGCAAACCUGCGGGGAAACAAAGCAUAAAAAUCGACUCCCCGUGCUGCGACAUAGGAUAACAACAGUGACACUGCCUCCUUGUUUGCGGUUUGCGCCGCGCGCGUAUGUAUUAGGUUGCGACCGACGUCACGUGCUGUGCUGUGUAUGCUUUGGAGAGUAUAUAAGUGCCGAUUGUGGUCAUCAUCGGUAUCGGAACCAAUCGUUUAUCAAAACCGUUGUCAGGUUGCUAUCAACGCAGGCGAUUCAAAGCACGCUGUCUACACAGUCUAUUGCUCUGUCAACCCUCUUUUCGGGAGAAAAAUAAAGUACUCGCAUAUAAUAACGCCAAGCUACAACACACGAACAGCAAACAUACUCACCAACAUUCAACUUUCGAAGUGGGCCCUGUGUGCGCAGUCGUGCCAAAACCCACUACGCUGCCCCACGUUUGGCCAUUUGUAAAGUGUUUGCUAUUCGCGCUCGUGUGUGUGCGUGUGUGUGUGUGAGAGUGUUGGCGUUGUUUCGCUAGCCUAUUCUUGCCUACUACUACCCAGUGGCCGGUUUUGAACAGCGUUCCUACAACAGCCUCAGCAUGAUGAUGGCGUACAGAGAGAAGGGCGAAACUAGAGUGUGUGAAAGCAAAACAACCCGUUGUUUGUGCUUGUAGUGUUGUGCCGGGGCCAGCACUGAAAGGGAGGCAUCAGAAUCAACGCUUGAAAACGUAUGUCGUUGCAGUGCAAACAACAACUAUUUCUCAUGUGCGGAGAGGGAUCCGAUUCAAGAAGUUGCGCUUCUAUGAGAAAGCAAACGUCGAGGAAGCAUCAAAGAGAAAGACAUUAUAAAGUAGACGUAUUGAACAAGCAAAAUUGAUGCACCGCUUUGGAACAGCUGAGCAGAGAACCGACCUGAAAUACUGCAUAAACGCAAAACAUUGACAACCGAUAAAGGAGUACAACGCUUCUAACAUCUCGCCCGGUAUAACACGCUGCAGUCUCGUUACUGCACGGCACCCUCUUAAUUGUUGAGUGGUCCGGAGAAAACACAAUAUAGGGACCGUCGCUUGUCAGCUAUUGCCUAUUGCCUAUUUCUGUCCAGUUCGGCUCCUCUCUGGUACGGAGCAACUAUUGCAUCGGAUGCAAGUUGAAAGUUGAGUGACGCAAGUGUUGUUUGUGUAGUGUAGAAGUAGAGUUAAGUUGUUUACCAGCAGCAGUAACCGAACUUUGCGACGCUCCAGAAGUGGCCUAGUACUCUGAAAUCCCGCACACAUUAAUCGAACGGAGGAAGGCUGGAGCAUCAGAAGCAGCGACCGCGUUGAUUGAGACACGGCGAAGAACGAAGAAACAAACAGUUAUCGUUGUGUAAGUGUGCCUGUGUGUGUGUGUGUUAUAGUUAUCCUCCUACUAAAAAAGUCCGACAAGCGGAAGUGGCACCGACGCAGGAUUGUGUGCGUGCCGCGAACGUGCGUGUACGCGUGUAUCGAUUAGAAGCAGAAGAAGAUGUCGGAGCACCAUCGGGCUGCUUGGGGUUCGCGUGAGGACGCCGUCUGGUGGCCGAGUGGUAUCUCGUCGACGGAACAACAAACACUGCAGCAUCAUCAGCAUCUCAUCAAUCAACACCACCAGCAACAGCUCGCCCAACAGCAGGCCCAACUGCAGCACCAGGUUGCUGUGCAGCAGCAGCAACAACAGCAACAGCAGCAGCAGCAACAACAGCAACAGCAGCAACAAAACGAUAGCGCUCGAAACAACAGCACAACAUCCACAUCCGCAACGCAACAGCUGUUUUCGUAUAAAAUGGCCAACAGUUUCCAGAACCCGGUCACCACCGGCGUGACGGUGUCUACUUCGAACGCACCGUAUGACUAUCGACUGGGUAUGAGCACGGUGGUUGCACGACCCGGUGACCCACCUACGAUGUCCAGCACAGCUCCCACCACCCAGUGGUGGUACCCGGGUGGCCAGAACGCACUCGAUAACUCAUUGCAGCAACAGCAACAGCAACAACAACAACAGCAACAGCAACAACAGCAACCACAACAUCAGAAUCAAAGCCACGUACAGCAGAACAAUGCCAUUCAGAACAAAAUGGUGGCCGGUAACGUAGCUGGUGGUAAGGUGAAGGACAAUAAGCCAAGAGGGCGCAUGACGGCGUACGCAUUUUUCGUACAAACCUGCCGAGAAGAGCAUAAGAAGAAGCAUCCUGAGGAACAAGUCAUAUUUGCUGAAUUUUCGCGAAAAUGCGCAGAGCGAUGGAAGACAAUGCUAGACAAGGAGAAACAACGUUUUCAUGAAAUGGCCGAAAAAGACAAGCAACGCUAUGAGCUGGAGAUGCAAAACUACGUUCCGCCGAAAGGCGCAGUUGUUGGACGUGGAAAGAAACGGAAGCAGUUCAAGGAUCCGAACGCACCGAAGCGAUCGCUGUCGGCAUUUUUCUGGUUCUGUCACGAUGAGCGAAACAAAGUUAAAGCCCUCAAUCCAGAAUACGGCGUUGGUGACAUCGCUAAGGAGCUCGGUCGAAAGUGGUCAGAUAUGGACGCUGAAAUCAAGCAGAAAUACGAACAAAUGGCAGAGAAAGAUAAACAGCGAUAUGAACAAGAAAUGACAGAAUACAAGUUAAAAUGUAAAAAUGAACAGGGCGGAGGAACACCAGGAUUGAACUUGCCGCAGCAAUUGCAACAGGCCGGUCUUCAGCACCUUCCUCCACAUGUGCAACAAGUAGCGGCGGCCCAGCUUCAGGCUCAUGUCGUUCAGGCGCAUCAUGCAGCUGCUGCUGCCGCAGCAGCCGCCGUACAACAGCAGCACGACGACGACGACGAUGAAGAAGAUGGUGAAGAGGAUGAUAACGAAUAAAUUUAUAUUUUUUUUAUUGUAAAAAUAUUUUAAAAAUGAUGAUAUUAAAUCACGAACUCCACCAUAUUUCUUCAACAUCAAGAAAAAUGCGAGAACGUAAUCAACACAACAAAAUAAUUCUGCAACAAAGAGGAGUAGAGAAAACUAGAGGAGGAUUAACUAACACUAUACAAUUUAAGAUAAGACACUACUAUAAUAAGCAUAUUAUAGUGCGUCGAACAUGAACAACAGCAUCGUCAAACCUCCCCCUCCACCACCCCACCUCUCCAUGCUAGUAAUAAUAGACACAGAGAGAAAGAAAACGACAAAGAGGCAAAAGGCAACAGAAAAACAGUGAAAGUGACAGUAUGAAUAAUACAAAAUACUGUCGCGCUAAAUGCGACAGUAGCUCAUAGGUAAGAAUCUGAAAAAGCGCGCUAUCGUGAUAGGCAAGGAUCACCGAGGGCAGAAAGCAUUGUACUACUAAUAGGCUUUUGUUUUUAGGUUUACUGCAGUCCAUAAAAAUCAAGUGUUAUUUCUAAUGACCGGGAAGUUAAAAAUGGUGAGAGCGAGUGCAGAGGUUCUGCGGCCGAAUCGAUCGAUGUAGAACCGAUUGAACUAUAAAUUCAACAAACAAAAUAGCAUAUGCUCGAUGAGCAAAACGAGCAUAAUAGAGCCUUUCUCGGAGAAAUAUGUGAACAAUCGCCAAACCCAAUACUCUCCCUCCCCUUCUCUGUUUUUCCUGUCGCAAAAUUGUAAGAAAGGGGAUAUGACGUGUGUACAUGCAUUCCCUCGCCUCCCUAGUGCACACUAUUAAUUGUACAUUUCGGGCUAUUUGGGAACUGUCUUUAUCUUUUACCAAUUUUUAUAUUUUAAUUACCUAUCAUAUUACGUUAAAGGUACGUGCAAAAGUGAAAUAUACUUGAAAAUUGUACUUGUUUUUGACAAAACCGUAACGCCACAUGCACCUCUAGUAUUUUUGCUAGUAACUGCACCGCAUCCGCGGACCAGACCAGUACCGCUCGGCGCUUGUAGCAGCCGUAGAAGAAGAACUCAUCGGCUCAGUUCGUUCUUUAAGAGAAAACAAAGAAGAACUCAUCCGCAGUACCCUCCGCUCCUAUAUUCGGUAACAAAUUUUGCUGACUUUGGCGCUGUAUUCGUAGAAACGAUGUCAUUCGUGUACAUACAGACACUUUUUUUCUCAUUUUAUUUUUAUGAAUUGAACGGUUUAUAAAUAUGGAGCGAGCUGUGUAGGUAUGUUACAUUGAGAGGUGCACUUCUGCAAAAUGUUGACACAAUGACCGAUUAUUAUUUUAAUUUUAAACCGGCAAAAAUUUUAAUCUUUUGUAAAAAAUUUGUUGUUUUCGUGUACCAACAGUGCUUUGGUGUUCACUUACAUAUAGACGAUACAUGGCUAAGCAAAACUCCCCUUAACACAUUUUGACAUCCAUUGGAUUUCUUGAUUCGGAUUUUUUCGAAGACUACGAAUAAUUUCAGUAGAAUUGAGUACAUUUGAAUGAUACUAAAUACAGAGCUAAUAAAGGAUGAGCGAGAGAGAGUGUGGAUACAGAGUAAAGGGUAAAUGAGAAAAUCGUCAUGGGUACAGUUCUAGAAGAAUGAGAAAAUAAUGAUAAUGAAGAAAAUGAAGAUUGAAUUUCAACGGAAAAGCCAUAGAUAUGGAGAACUCGUUCUAACCAAACAAAUCAUGAUGUAAAGAAAAUAUUAAUAACAUUAAGUAAAACAUGUUUAAAUGAACGGAAGAAAAAAGUAUUUUUUAAAGAAAAAUGUAUGUCACAUAACGCACACACAUUCUCAACGAGUAUGUUGUUGUGGACUAAAGCGGUUGUGAUCGGCAAACAACCGCACACAAAAACACACACAUGCAUGAUGAUGGGUAUUUCUGCUAAGUUGGUUCUAAUAGAAACGGUCCAAAUUGGUGCGAUUGUGUUAAAAGAUUUGCUAGUGGUGGAGAUGUGAUUUUGGCAGCGUUUCCGGCGGCAAUGACGGUGUGUGUAUUUCUCUGUACAUGUAUGUAUGUGGGUGAGUGUGAACAUGUGUAUGUGCAUUUGAUUUGUCGACCGUCCUGCGACUUGAGGGUGGUGUUUAUGGCUAAUGUAACGCAUCCUGUUGUACGUGUUUUUGUUGUUGGAAAUAUUUUUUGUCAGUUGAAAAAGGCAGAGAUAAUAACAGCGGGAGUCGAUUGAUAUUCUUCCCCUGCAAUAAAAAAAACUAUAGAAGCAACCGUCUAUGGCCACUUCGCAGUUAAUAUUGCUAACAGACACAAAGAAACAGUGCUAGAAAGAUGAAGUAAACCGAGAUAAAUGAGGUAGGAGCAAAUCAGUUAAUGAAGAAAGCGACAAAAAUUAAUUAAAGUAAAAUUUUAUAGAUCAAAAGUAAGAGAUAACAUGAUUAAUGAAAAAAUAAUCGCGUAAUAAAAGAAUGAAAUAGAGAAACAUAGUAAUGCAUAAAGCAACAGAGAAUCGAACGUGGUUGAGAAAGUAGCUAAAUGGCAAAGUAAAGCAAGAUGCAAAAAGAAUAAAUUUCUUGUUCUUUUUCUUCUUCUUUCUUGGGCACUUCUCUGCUAAACAAUCUUGGCCGUCUCCUAGUAAUCUGGAGAUUUUAUUGAUACUUUUGAUCUGCAAUGGGACUGAUACUGCGAAAAUCGAACGUUUAGCAACUGGAAAACAAAAUUCGUCUGCUCACUUUGAUUAGAAGGAGCAUAAAAAACAACAAAACUGCGUUUUUCGCGAUACGUUUCGCGGCAUUCUUAUAGCGGAGACGGAGCAAUACAAGUUCGUAAUGUGUCGUAAUUGUCUUAGAAGAUAAAAAGGCAGGCCGUAGACGAUUGUAAACGGGGGAGGGGCAGGAGGAGAGAACUAUUAGUCUGAAUUCAAUUUGACUAGUUGGAUUUACUUAACAUUUAUUUUCUCUACUGCUUUUUUUCAUUACCAUGUUUAAAAUCAUAUUCUUAUAGAAUUAGAUUAAGCGUUUUCUUUUAAAUUGUGUUUUGAAUUGUUUCGUAUUUUGUUCUCUUCAAACGGAACAAGACUAAACAAAUCAAGAGAAAAGGAAAUUUAAGCAAAACCCGCAACAAUGUCAAAUAAUGAGUAUGCAUACAAACAAAAACGAGAAAAAGCAAAUACAAAAUCAUCAUAAGCAUAAAAACACCGGACAUUAGCGAUUAGGCGAUAAUAGGACGAAAGUACGAGCAUGCGAAACGAGCGAGGCAGGGAAGGCAACCAAGAAAGGCGAACGAUGGAAGUGUACUCUUUAAAAACAAAACAAAUGAGCGGAAUAAAUUACGCAACAGUAGAGUUUGAAAAUAUCAAGUCCUUUAAGCAUAUAUGUAUAUAUGCUUUAAGCAUGUAUAUUCAUACAUAUUGUUGUGUGUCGCGUGCCGAGCAUGUGUAUCGCACGGCGUGGCGUACUCAUGAUUGUUUCUAGUAUGGGUGCAUGUGUGUGUGUUUUUCGAUUGUUUGUGCAGAGUGAAUGAGAGAAUCUCAGUUUACAAGGAGACAUAGAUCGAGAAUAGUGUAUCUGCGUGUGCUUUGUGAAAUGAUUUUGAAAGUAUGAUUCACGCAAAAUAGUGGAUUAUUAUUAUCGCAGCUCUAGUUUUUGGUUUGAUUUUUGUGAACUCCACUUUAACCUUUUGAAAUUUAGUAUUUACAUAAUCCGAUUUUAUUUCCCCUUAUCUUUAGUAUAAAUCCACAGCCAUAUUGAUAUACUUCUGAGGGACACUUAUGUUUAUUUCUGAAAAUUUCAAAUUUUAUGAUUUAUUCAUACAUAAUUAUGAUGAUUAAACGACUGGUUUUUAUUUAAUGACAGUAAGGUUUAACGAAUGGAAGCAACAAGUUACAAAAUUUUGUGACGCAUCAUCUUAAGAUGUUCCGUUUCAUAAUAUGUACAGUUUGUUGCAGCAUUUCAGCCUAGAGUGUAUGUUGUAGCAUUUUAGCCUAGUAUGUUGUGUAGUUGGUUUGUUCUCUCGAAUAAUUUCUUUUUGAGAUACAUUUCAUGUGCUAGAUGUGUACAUAGUGAAUUUUCAGCAGGUAAAAUAAUUCAUUAUCUUAAUCAUACUGGUGGCGAGAAGCGAGUUUAUACGUUAUUAGUGCGGAAAAAGGGCUGGAAGGAAAGGAAGAGAUUACACUCUUCUCCGUUUCUUUCUCUCAUGCAUAAAUUAUUCGAACGUUUCUCUAAGGUCCUACCGAAACCUCCGAAAUCUUGUUCAAAUUGUUUCCAUAGACUCUGUAAGAUAACUGAGAGAAACAACAACCCAAACAAUUGGCAUCAACAAAUCGCUUUGCAGCCGCACAAAGCCUGUGCUGCCAUUUUUCUUGCCUACAUUUAUCACCUAUUUCAUCUAGAGUUACAUUUACCCCAUGCUUAGGUACAGCAGUGCAGUGAUACAAAUCUUCCUAGCGAUAAUUGUAAUGAAAGCCAGCAAAACAUGCUACAUGCAAUAAACAGCCUAAAGCUGAAACACAACUUUUACCUAUUGAAACGUGUACUCUAAAAGUGUAGUUGGAAUGAUGUGCAAGGUGAAUGUUGGAGUUUGUUAUUAAAGAUAAACAAAGAAAAAACAGAACAUUAGCAAAAACCAAAAACCAACUACGUCAGAUUUGAAGAAGCUAUAGCAAGUUAAGAAAUAUUAGGGAAGGAAAGCAUGCAAAUAAAAUAAUAAA